AUGGAGAAAGAAAAAAAAAUUGAAGAAAAAAGAAAAAGUGGUCAUACAAAAAAAGAUAGACAAAAAAAGGUAGAAAAAAAAGGUGAGAAAAAAAAAAAAUCUAAGUUAAGACAAGUAAUUGAGUAUGAGGAUGACUUUGAAGAAGAUGAUGAUGAUACUAGUAGAAAUACAAAAAAUAUUUCUAAUUUAGAAUCUUUACAAAAUAAAUAUGAAAAUGAUUUUGAAGAGUAUUCUGAAGAUGAUGAAAUAAAAUUAGAAGAACAAAAAAACUCAUCGAAAAUAUUUCAACGUCUCAAUAAUCAAAAAGUAUAUAAUUCAAUGGGUAAAAAAGAAGUAGUAGUAGAAAGACCUAUUACAAGGGAUAUUCGAAGAGUUACAAAAAAUUUUAAUAAUACUAAUCAAUAUAAUACUUCAUCCUCAUCAGUUUCAAGAAUAAUAAAUUUUGACAAUGCACGAACUAUUAAUUUAGAAUCUAUCUCUUCUUCUCUUUCAAGAUAUAAUAAAUUUAAAAAUUUAAUUGAUAUAGAAGCAGUAACAAUUUUUUUUGAUCAUAUACCACCAAUAAAAGAUUAUGACUUUUAUAUGUCAAUGUUUGGUUCAAAAACAAAAUCACAGGUAGGAUGUCAGACUGGUGAUGAUAAUAAGAAUAUUGGUAUUAUGACAGAUGGUUUAUUUGAAAAGGUAAAUUUUUGGUGUCAAUUUCCAGAAUUAGACCAAACAAUUAAUUGGGGUACAGAGGGUGACAAAAUAAUCGAUAAUGAAAUUAAAAAAAAAGAACAAUUAGAUGAAGAGUUAUUUGAAACUUUUAAUAAAAAUAAAUUAAGAGAUGAAAAAUUAAUUAAAUUGGUAGAUGCUAUGGAGAAAAUUGUUAAUAAAAUAACUGAAGUUAAUGAGGUUAAUAUGAAACAAAAAGAAGGAUCAAUUUUAGACCAUAAAUCUGAUUUUAAUUUUACAUAUGGAUAUAAUGAAUUAAACAAUCAAUUUUAUUCUGAAAAUGCUUCUGUAACAGCCUUACAUUACUCAACUUCUUCAUUAUCAAAUACAAAAAGUAAAUUUUUAUUUGUUGCUGUUAAAAUGGGAGUAUGUAAAAUUGAUUCAAAAUUUAAUAAUAAAAGUUUUAUUAUUCAAUAUUCAACAUCUAAUUAUAAAAAUAUUAUAAAUAUUUUUUGUACAACAGGUGAAGUGACAACUUUAUGUACAUCACCUAAUAAUAAUACAACAUUAGUAGCAGGAACAAUAUCAGGAACAAUAUUAUUAUUUGACUUUUAUGAAAGUGAAAAAUUUUUUAAAAAAUAUAAAUUUAAUUUUGAUAAUAAUAUACAAAUAUAUCCUGUAAGAAUGGCAUCUUUUGAUACCUCAUAUGAAAGUUUAAAUAAUGAAUUUAUUGAAAUAAAUUCACCAAUAGUUUCUGUAUAUGGAUUUACAUCUAAAUUUGAUACUAUUUCAUUUUCAUUAAUUUCAUUAAAUGAAAAUGGAAUAUUAACUUUAUGGAAUGUUUAUAAAAUUGAAACACCAUCUAUUGAAAUUGAAACAAAUCUUGGUCUUCAUCGUCCAUCCUCAAAAUUACAAAUGAAAAAAUGUGAAGUAUUAUAUCCACUAAAAACAAUUCCAUCAAUAAUUUAUUCACCAACUCAUGUUAUAGCUAAUUUUAUGGGAAUUAUAUUACCAAAAAACAAUAAAAAUGAUAUACAAAGUAAGAAUAUAGUAACAGGAAAAGGAAUAAAUAUUCUUAUUGCAACAGGAAAUGGUUAUGUAUUAAAUACAACUGUAUCAACAUUAGGAAUUAAAAAAAAAACUAAUUUUUGUAAUGGUCCACGUUUAUUAACAUUAUUGGAUGAAAAUACUUUUGAAAUAACAUCUAUUCAAUCAUCACCAUUUAGUGAACAUAUAUUUGCUAUUGGAUUAUGUACAGGUAAUCUAAUUAUAGGUAGCAUAUAUGAUAAAGGGAUAAAAAUAAUUUUAUCACCACCUAUAUCAUCAAAAUUUAUUGUAACAUCAAUUGAAUGGUCACCACAUGAAAAUGGUGUUAUAUAUAGUAUUCAUAAUUAUAAUAAUUUAUUAAUUUGGAAUAUUAAUAUUAGUAAAUCUCCAAUAGCUGUUAUAGAUUUAACAACUUCAAUUGGUGAUGAAAAUAUUAAAAUAUCUACAACCAAAUGUUUUAUUGGUGAAGAUAAUUAUCCUUAUCUUAUUUUUGGAUUGACAAAUGGAAAAGUUCAAAUUCAUAGACUUGAAAAUGUAUUAAAAAUUGAUGAUAGGAAAAAAAAUAAAAGUUUAGAUGAAAUUUUAAAUAAUAUUUUAUCUUAA